UCUUCUCCCAAGCUAAGAACUGAAACUACUCUGGUAAAGCUAAAUAUUCUCACCAUCCUCAUCAGUGGUAAAGAACAGGCAAUGCCACCCCAAGUGAAAACACGAAUGAAUGCCACUCCAAAAGUGGUCCAAGGAGACUUCAAGAGCCUGGCACCCAAUGUGAGAAAGUUCAUUGAAAGCAAUGCCAAGCUGUGCCAACCGAAGGCCAUCCACAUCUGUGAUGGAUCAGAGGAUGAGAACAAAAAGAUCUUGGAGCUCAUGGUGGAACAAGGCAUGAUCAAGAAGCUUAGAAAAUAUGAAAAUUGCUGGUUAGCCUGCACCGAUCCAAGGGACGUGGCCAGAAUUGAAAGCAAAACUGUAAUUGUGACACCAGAGCAGCGAGACACCAUCCCAAUCCCCCAAAGCGGAUUGAGCCAGCUGGGACGGUGGAUGUCAGAAGAAGAUUUUGAGAAAGCCUUCAGGGUCAGGUUCCCUGGAUGCAUGGAAGGUCGGACCAUGUAUGUCAUCCCAUUCAGCAUGGGACCGAUUGGUUCUCCUUUAUCCAAGUUUGGGAUUGAGCUGACUGAUUCUCCUUAUGUGGUGGCCAGUAUGAAGAUUAUGACUCGUAUGGGAACAUCUGUCCUAGAGGCUCUGGGUGAUGGAGAAUUUGUAAAAUGCCUCCAUUCGGUUGGGUGCCCUUUACCAUUAAAAAAGCCUCUCGUGAAUAACUGGCCAUGCAAUCCAGAGUUGACGUUGAUUGCUCAAAUCCCUGAUCACAGGGAGAUCAUUUCCUUUGGAAGUGGCUACGGGGGAAACUCUCUUCUAGGAAAGAAGUGUUUUGCUCUCAGAAUUGCCAGCAGGAUCGCCAAGGAAGAGGGCUGGCUUGCGGAGCACAUGCUGAUUUUAGGUAUCACGAAUCCAAAAGGUGAAAAAAAAUACUUUGCAGCAGCUUUUCCUAGCGCAUGCGGAAAAACCAACCUGGCUAUGAUGAAUCCAUCUUUGCCAGGGUGGAAAGUGGAAUGUGUUGGAGACGAUAUUGCUUGGAUGAAAUUCGACGACAAAGGUAAUUUAAGAGCCAUCAACCCGGAGAAUGGCUUUUUUGGAGUUGCUCCUGGAACCUCUGUGAAAACCAAUCCCAAUGCUAUGAAGACUAUAAAAAAGAAUACCAUCUUCACCAACGUAGGAGAAACUAGUGAUGGGGGUGUAUAUUGGGAAGGUAUUGAUCAGGAACUUCCACCAGGAGUCACUCUCUUAUCUUGGAAAAAGAAAACAUGGACUGCCGAGAAUGAGGAGCCUUGUGCUCAUCCCAAUUCCCGAUUCUGCUGUCCUGCUAGCCAGUGUCCUAUUAUUGACCCUGCCUGGGAAAAUCCAGAAGGAGUCCCAAUUGAGGGCAUCAUAUUUGGAGGACGGAGACCUGAAGGUAAGAACCCCAAACUAAGAUAACGGCUCCUUCAGCUUAAAAAAGUACUGAAAACAAUUCAGAGUCAUUUGUGUAAAUUACGUUAUCUGAAAAAUUAGAAAAAAAAAUGAUAAAUAUUGGGGACAAAUUACAUUAAGGAAAAGAAGAGGAAAAAAAUAACAAAAGUGCCACGUAAAAGAUGACAAUCUCACCUUUUCUAUGCCUGAGAUAUAGAAUUAAUUGUCUUAAAUUGUAAGAAGUCAGAUUUCAGCUAAAUACUACAAAUUAACAAUGAGUGUCUUGAUACUAUACUAGUGACAGUCCAUUUCCUCAUUAGUGAUAGAAUAGAAUAGAAUAAGAAUUGUUUAUUGGCCAAGUAUGAUUGGA